AUGAGCCUGAAUCAAGCCCGUCGUCGCAGUAGUACUGGCAGUGGUGCAAGUGGUGGCUCUGCUUCUGCCACCACUGCCACUGCCGCCACAAAUGGAACGGAAGGUGACAAUGAAACAGCUAUGUUGGGUGGCAAAUUUGGUGGUGUGGCCUAUGAAGUCUACAAGUUUGAGCCAUCUGAGGAUACGAUCAUAGCAAUCCAUAGCUCGAAGAAAAAGGACACACCUCUCACAACCAAACCUGAGAAGAUCAAAUUGCUCCAGGCAAUUGUGGAUAAGCGAGACGAUUGGUUUGGCCGAGCCUGCAAAUCGGGAGGACUCAAUAGAACCCGGCUUGAGGCUGACAUGCGAGAGUUUAUUCCAAAAUUGACUGAUGCUCGAUGGCCUAUGGAGGUACUUGCCGAAAAGAUCUACCAUACUCACAGAGUAUUGAAAAAAUUCAUUGACACGUCAAGCCGUACUCCCAAUCGAGCAGUUUUAGCACCAUUCGAACCGCUGGAUGAGAUGGUCAAAUAUGCAACGCAUGAAGCUCGAAAAGCAAAACAGAUAAAGAUUGAUGAUCAAACUCCCACAUGGAAAUUCUUGAAGAGUGGUGGUGUCCAUCCUUUGAAAAAGCCGGAUUGA